AUGGCCCUCGGUUGGGCCGUGUUUCUUCUGCUUGUGGGAGGUAGUGCAGCACAAGAAAGCUCGCAGGUCUUCAACGUGUCACAAAGAUGUAUGAAUGACACAAAUAGUUUCCUCUGGGAAAUGAACCAGGACAAGCCGAAGGAAUACGCUGUUCUCAUGUAUGACGCAUUUGGAAAGAUGGGUAGCAAUGUUGAAGGAGGUAACAUCAACCAGCCUGGUUUGCUACAGCAGUGCCGUUCCACGGCUGGUCCCAGCUUCUCCGGCCAGUACUGCCAGGUGUUUCUGAAGCAGGGAGCAAUCCAGUACUUUAUUGGAAUUUGUGUUCCUGACUCAUGUGACGACCUAGACGUUCAAGCACUGGUGCAGGACAACAGACUUCAGUUUAAUCAGAUGUCCCUCAUUCCUCCAUUACCUCCUAUCCUAAUCAAUCAGUCCACUCAGGAGAUGAUCAUGACUCAUUGUUUGUCUGACACCAUUGCCCCUCAUGCAUCUGAGGUUGCCUGCCUGUUUGUUUGCUGUGUUAUGAUAGCCGUUCCUCUGGCAGCCACCCUAUUUACAGCACUAUUAAAGUCCAAACAGAGUGAAGCGGUCAGCCAAGAAACAGAGUUUUCCCCUUUCAAUAACGACUUGAACAUUUAUGGGACCCUGCACACCAAUGGUUCCUUUAGCAGAGAAAUGAACCAUGAUACGCUGGAAGAAAGUAACAUCACCACCCCUGUGCAACUCUGUGUUUCUCGACGCUGUGUGUAUGACUGCCUUCAGGCCUUCUGUCUACAGACCACCAGUCAGGGCAUCUUCAGCAGCUCUUCAUCCACCACAGAUUCCGACUACUCCUCACUGAACGGCAUCCGUGUCCUCAGUCUUCUGUGGAUCAUAUGUGGCCACUCUGCACAGUUCCCCGUAAUUAAUAACCUGGAUAACUACAAAAUCUGGAAGAAAACAGUUGAAAGUAGCCCUGUGUAUGUACUAACCAUCAGUGGGCCUGUUUUUCUGGCUGUUGACACCUUCUUAUUGCUGGGGGGUCUGCUUAGUGCCAGGUCCCUGCUGAACUCCAUCAACAAAGCUGAGGACAAACUCAGCACCAGUCUGGUUGCAAUGUAUCUACUCAAGAGGAUUAAAAGGAUUCAGCCCCUGCAUCUGUUCGUUAUGUGUCUCACCAUCAGCCUCAUCUCUUUGGUCCACUGGGGACCCUAUUGGUUCCCAUUUAUAGACUCAAUGAUGGAUUGUAAGGCGUACUGGUGGGCUAACGUACUGCUUAUUAGCAAUCUCCUCCCAGUCCAUGAGAUAUGUAUUCCUUGGACGUGGUAUCUGUCUUUAGACUUCCAAUGUUAUGCCACCACUCCUCUGUUGGUGUAUUUUUACAGACUGAAUAGGAGCAUGUUUGCAGUCGUGGCAGGAUGCCUUUUGCUGAUGACCAUUGUAGCCAGUGCUGGCAUAACUGCACUCCUGCAGCUUCCAGUCUUUCAGCCAUCCAUAAUGACAUCGGAGAACUAUGUUUUGUAUUACUAUGUGAAACCAUACACCAGAUAUGGACCGUUUUUAAUAGGGAUCUUGACUGGAAUAUACCUCACAACCAGAAAAAAUCAGCUGUUGAAGCGAAAGAGGCAGGCAGCAGCUGGUUGGUUCUGCUGUCUGUUACUGAUGGCAGUGUUGGUUGGACUGGCCUACAUCCUCAGAGACACUCCAGCCCACCCGUCUCUGCCACAUGCUCUGUACCAGGGUCUGCACAGACCCCUCUGGGCUCUGGCUGUGAGUUGGAUCAUUCUGGCCUGUGAGGAGGGCCAUGGAGGUAGGGAUAACUUUAUCUUUGUUUCUUCAGGAUUCAUCAAGACGUUCCUAUCACUGCAUUUCUGGGUCCCUCUGUCCAACAUUAGUUUUGCCUGCUAUUUGGUACAUCCUGUAUUCAUCAUUCUCUACAACGGGUUGCAAGAGACCCCGAUCCACUACACAGACAUAAAUUUUAUGUACCUGUUCUUUGGCCACCUGGUGCUGACAGUGGUGGUGAGCGGCGUGCUCACAGUGUUAGUUGAGAGGCCGUACGUCCUGCUUAAACAAAGCAGCACCAAGAAAAACAACCCUUAAGUUUCAAAUGUAUGGUCAUUCUUUGUGCAGUUUGUGAUCAAUUGUUUUUUUGGUUUUUAAUGUAGUUUGCCAACAAACUAAAAUGAACUAAUUACUUAAUCAAUUAUUGAUCAUUAAUUAUGAUUAUUAUUCAUUAAUAUUAUUAUUUGACCAUUAACAGAUGGUUUUGAAAUAAAGAAAAUGUCCCCCAGUCCUGGCAAAAUUUGCUUUCCCUAUUAUAUAGUGACAUCUCCUGUCCAGAGUAACAUUUUGUAGUACUGUCAACCACCUUCUGCAGAUACUAGCUAAUGUAUCCUCACUUUACAACAUAUCAUAUUAAAUGCAUUGGCU